UCCACCCUUUUGCCUUUCAUCUGUAAAUUAAUUUCCAUCCCUUUGAAAUCAAAACUCUCAUUAAAGAGACGAUCUUUCCUUUUUUUUCCAAUCAUCCCUUGAAAUCAAAACUCUCAUUAAAGCGACGAUCUUUCCUUUUUUUCCAAAAUUCAAUGGCUGAAAUCGUUGUUAGCGCCGUCAUCACAGUGCUGUGUGAGAAGCUGAUCUCUGGUGACUUGAUGAAGUUGGCUCGAUCCGAAGGUAUCGAUUCUCAGCUGAAGAAAUGGAAGAAAAACCUUCCCCUGAUCCAAGCCGUGCUUGCUGAUGCAACCCAGAAGGAGAUUAAAGAGAAAGCUGUUCAACUGUGGGUGAACGAUCUUCAGGAUUUGGCUUACGACAUUGACGAUGUACUCGACGAUUUGGCCACAGAGGUUAUGCGACGCAAGUUGAAUCAAGAAGCUCAUGCCACCACCAGCAUCGGUAAGGUAUUGAAGUUCUUCCCAAAUUGCUGUACUAAAUUCACUCCUCGUAACAUUAUGUAUGGUCGGAAGAUGAGUUCAAAGCUAGAUGAGAUCACCACCAAAUUGCGUGAUCUUGUUGACCAGAAAAAUGACCUGGGUUUGAAUGUGACUAAGGAAAGGUCAACUCUAGAGAGACGGGUUGAAGAAAAUUCACUGGUUGAUGAGUCCAAAAUCAUGGGUCGGGAAGGGGAUAAAGUGACAUUGAUGGGUAAGUUGUUGGGGAAUGAAGAAUGUGAUGAAAAUGUGAGCGUAGUGUCGAUAGUUGGAAUGGGUGGGAUAGGAAAAACCACUCUUGCCAAAGUUUUAUACAACGAUGAGAAAGUGAAGGAUCACUUUGAGCUCAGAGCUUGGGUUUGUGUUUCUGAUGAGUUGGAUGUAUUUAACAUUAGCAAGGCUAUUUUUCAAGCAGUAACUGGGAAAAACGAAGAUUUUGCUAAUCUUAAUCUGCUUCAUGUGGCCCUCAAAGAAAAGCUUUCAAAGAAGAGGUUCCUACUUGUUCUAGACGAUGUCUGGAACGAAGACAACAAUAAGUGGGAACUCCUCCAAAGCCCUCUUCUUGCAGGGGCACGUGGAAGUAGAAUUAUUGUCACAACCAGGAGUACCAGAGUUGCAUCAGUGAUGGACUCACAAGAAACUUACUCUCUAGGCGUUUUGUCAAAUGAAGAUGCAGUGUCACUAUUUGCUCAGCACUCAUUAGGAGAAAAAAACUUUGACAAUCAUCCGACACUUCAGUUGCUUGGUGAAGGUAUGAUUCAGAAAUGUGGUAGAUUGCCUUUGGCUUUGAAAGCACUUGGGAGGGUCUUGAAGGGAAAUAGGAAUGGUGAUGAAUGGGAGAAGUUGCUGAAGAGUGAGAUAUGGGAUAUAGAGGAUGGAAAUAAGAAGAUUCUUCCGGCUCUUAGAAUAAGCUACUAUCAUCUGCCUCCACAUCUGAAGCAGUUAUUUGCAUACUGCUCCUUAAUUCCCAAGGACUAUGUGUUUGACAAGAAUAAAUUAGUCCUAUUGUGGGUGGCAGAAGGAUUUUUGUCCCAAUCAAAAGGAAACAAGUCAAUGGAGUGUUUAGGUCAUGAGUAUUUUGAAGAGCUAGAGUCAAGGUCCUUUUUUCAACAUUCAACGGACGACAAAUUAGGAUACACAAUGCAUGACCUGAUGAAUGACUUGGCCACAAGUGUUGCAGGAGAGUUUUCCUUUAGAUUGGAUGGUGAGGUUGAUGUAUCUGCCAUGAAUGAAACUUUUGAUAAGUUUCUUCAUUUCUCACUUAUAGGUUCAGGAUCUGGAUCAUUUAGAAAGCUCAAGGAAUUACAAAGAGCUAAACGUUUGCGAACUUUCUUACUAAUCUCAGUACCUUGGGAAAUUGGUAGCUUAUUGGACGAAUUACUUCCUGAACUACAGUUCCUGAGGGUGCUAAGUGUCGUGGGCUUGAAUCCCAGUGAUUACCAGAAUCCAUUGGUAGCUUAUUGGCGAGAAGCUAUUUUUUCAAUCAGAUGGAUACCAGAAUCCAUUGGUAGUCUCAAGCAUCUACGGUAUCUUAAUUUUUCGAAUACUAAAAUCACAAGUUUACCGGAACAAGUGAGUGACCUUUAUAAUCUACAGAGUUUGUUGGUUCAGAAUUGUUUUAAGUUAUCCAGCUUGCCAAAAAGUUUUGCAAAGUUAAUAAACCUUCGACAUUUUGGAAUAGAUAAUACUCCAAAGGUGAUCAAGUUGCCCUUAGGAAUUGGUGGCUUGACGAGUCUACAAACUCUAUCCAAGGUCAUGAUUGAAGAAGUCAACGGGUUCAAAAUAUCAGAUCUUAAGGAAUUAUCGGAUCUUCAAGGUCAGCUUUUCAUUAUUGGUCUGGACAAAGUGAUAAAUCCAAUCCAUGCAAAGGAUGCCAAUUUACAUCAAAAGAAGGGUCUUGAAGUUUUGGAGAUGGAAUGGAGUGAUAAUGUGUUUGAUGAUUCUCGGGAUGAGACAAUUGAAUAUGAAGUGCUUAAAGAACUAAAACCUCCUCAUAAGUUAAAAAACCUCUACAUUCUGAAUAACAAGGGAAUGAGAUUUCCUAGUUGGGUCGGGGAUCCCUCGUUUGAUCAGUUAACAGAGAUUACGUUACGUGGUUGUAGAAGUACACAGUUACCGACACUUGGAUGUUUAGGGUCUCUUAAGAAAUUGGUUGUUGAAAGCAUGAGUGAGGUGAAGACUGUGGGUUUUGAGUUUCUUGCACCCACUGCUUCUUUUCUUGGCAUUGCAUUUCCAUCUCUUGAAGUUCUGGAAUUUCAAGAUAUGCAAAGUUGGCAGAUAUGGUCGAUUAAUAGUGGCAACGGACAUGUAAGUCCUAGAUCAUUUCCUCGUCUUCAUGAUAUCUCUAUAAGCAGUUGUCCUGAACUAGCUCAAGUGUCAAUCGGAUCGAUACCUUCACUUCGGGUUUUAUAUAUACAAGAUUGCUCAAAAGCAGUGGUAAGAAGCAUGGUUGGUUUGUCCCGGUCACUUGUUGAAUUAAUAAUUUCAAACAUUAAAGGACUUACUCAACUACAUGGAGAAGAUUUAAUGCAUCUUCGGUCAGUUAAACAUCUAUAUAUCUAUAGCUGUGAUGAACUAAGAUACUUGUGGGAACGAGAAUCAGAGGCAUGCAAGUGUCUUGUGAGUUUACAGAAGCUGGAAGUAUAUGAUUGUAAAAAGUUGGUUUCAUCAGCCGAGAAAGAGGUUAAUUUUGGGAUCAGCAUGAAAUCUCUUAAAGAAGUGAAGCUUUGUUAUUGUGGGACACUGGGGAGUUACAAUUGUCCAAAUACUGUUGAGAGGUUGGUGAUCAAUAGUUGUGCUUCAAUGACAUCAUUGACCUUCUCAGCAGUGCAGGAGCACCCAUCCACUCUCACUGAAUCGAUAGUCGGUGAUUUCGGUUCUCUCCCUGUGUCUCGCCUAACAUCUCUUGAAAUAAGAUUUUGCAAGAAUCUAAAGUCAUUUCCUCAUGAGCAUUUUCAAAGUCUCACAUCUUUGGAGGAAAUGUUCAUAUAUGAGUGUCCAAGUAUGGACUACUCCUUUCCUUGUGGGGUGUGGCCUCCUAAUUUAAGCAAAUUAAGGAUAGGUGUCUUAAAUAAGCCCAUGUCAGAGUGGGGUCAGCAGAAUUUUCCAACCUCACUAGUUGAACUAAUCUUAUUUGGCAAAGAUUCAGGAGUGGUUUCAUUUGCAGUGGCAGACGAUGUGAGGAAUAAUAGUACUACUCCAUCAUCAUCAUCUUUUCUUCUUCCACCAUCUCUGGUUUUUCUAGAAGUCAAUGGUUUUAAGGAUGUGGAAUCAUUUUCAGAGGUCUUACCACACCUCCCCUGCCUUAAAACACUUAAUAUUUGGUCAUGCCCGAAGAUUACAGAUCUUAAGACAACAUCCGGCCCAUCUAAUUUGACAAUAACAGUGCGGUAGUAGAAAAGGUGAAACAUGGAGCAGGGCUAUCUACAUGCUAGUGAGGCAAAUAUGCUGAAUAUGCAUGAGGAGAUUACGCAGUUGCAGCGUUUGAUAUCUUAGAAUAUAGGAUGGAGGUUGCAGAAGUGAUUGGAUGCAUAGGCGCUUCCAUCGAAGACUGGGGUGCGGGUUUAAGUCUGGUUAGGCUGGUGGGGUCCCACUACUAGCUAGUAGCAUUGGUUCGGAUACAAAAACUUGACUACCAAGGGUGUUGGGGUUUUCAAAAAUGGUUGUAACUUUGAAUGAUUUUGUUGCCAAAAAAAAACAUAAAAAUAAAACUAAAUGAUCCACAAAA